AUGAAACCACGCAUGUACUACGAUGAUGCUGCCUGGGAGAAAAGCGAAGAGAUGUCUGAAGCUUGGAUCGCCCAGUUCACCGACCUCGACAUCUUGAGAAAGCUUGGACGUUUCCUUUUCCGCUAUAAUACGUCUUCCACAGCUGGUGCCAUUAUGUUUCCCGAAGAGAAAGUCCGCAAUGAGGUCGCUAUAAUGCGAUACAUUCUUGACCAGACUUCCAUCCCGGUUCCUUUUGUCCUUCAUUGGGGCACGCGGAAGGACGGCCCUUUGGAUCCAGAGUUGGGCCCCUUUAUAAUCAUGGAAUACAUGGAUCACCAUACGAACAUGUACGAUGUUCUCAAUACGCCAGGUCGCUCACGGGCAUACCGUAGAAUUCUUGACCCGGAUUUUGAUGAGGAUGAACUUGAGCGGCUCUAG